AUGAGCACGAAGAGCACAACAACGGUGGAAGCACAGCGAGUGGAGUUUCAUAGGGUUUUCACAGCGAGUGGGGUUUUCACAGCGAGUGGGGUUUUCACAGCAAGAGGGGUUUUUACGGCGAGUGGGGUUUUCACGGCGAAUGGGGUUUUCACAACGAGUGGGAUUUUCACAGCGAGUGGGGUUUUCAUAACGAGUGGGAUUUUCACAGCGAGUGGGGUUUUCACAGCGAGUGGGGUUUUCACAGCGAGUGGGGUUUUCACAGCGAGUGGGGUUUUCACAGCGAGUGGGGUUUUCACAGCGAGUGGGGUUUUCACAGCGAGUGGGGUUUUCACAGCGAGUGGGGUUUUUACAGCGAGUGGGGUUUUCACAUCGAGUGGGGUUUUCACAGUGAGUGGGGUUUUCACAGCGAGUGGGGUUUUCACAGCGAGUGGGGUUUUCACAGCGAGUGGGGCUUUCACAGCGAGUGGGGCUUUCACAGCGAGUGGGGUUUUCACAGCGAGUGGGGUUUUCACAGCGAGUGGGGUUUUCACAGCGAGUGGGGUUUUCACAGUGAGUGGGGACAGCAAGGCGAGUGGUGGCAGCACAGCGAGUGGUGGCAGCACAGCGAGUGGUGGCAGCACAGCGAGUGGUGGCAACACAGCGAGUGGUGGCAGCACAGCGAGUGGUGGCAGCACAGCGAGUGGUGGCGCUGCUUACAGCGUGGCAAGUGUGGAGGACGCUCUAAGCGUCACUGGAAGGAGUUUUUGCUGCAUGGAGGAGGUGAGUGAGGUGUGGGUGGAGCAGACUGACAUGGAAGUGAGCCCUGUGAUGGCAGAUAGGGCUGCUGGAAGCACCCCGGAGAAGUUGUUGGUGUGGAGAACUCUGCAGGGCAGACAUUUCAGAGAGAAGCUCAGGUGUUGCCACUUGCAGGGAGCAGACGAUGUGAGGGAGGGAGGCCGAGAAAGGAGAGAAGGGGAGGCCAGCAAGGAUAGAAGGGGAAGCUGA